ACAGUCCUUGGAGAUGGCCGAAGUUGAAGAAACCCUGAAGAGAAUUCAGACUCAGAAGGGAGUCGCGGGAAUUAUUGUCAUCAAUGCGGAGGGAAUUCCCAUCCGGACGACCAUGGACAGUUCGACCACUGUUCAGUACGCGGGGCUGAUCCAUCAGUUUGCCACGAAAGCCAGAAACACCAUCCGGGAUCUAGAUCCGCAAAAUGAUAUGACGUUCCUCAGGAUCCGCUCCAAGAAAAACGAGAUCAUGGUGGCUCCGGGUAAAUGGGGUUCGGGCCCUCGCUCGCUCUUGCUCCUCCCACUCCCCCGCUCUAAUGAUGUAAGAAUAAAUUAUUAUUAAUAACAAGUGUAAUUUUACAGGCAAACCCUGCGAACAUAGAAACAGGAGGAGGCCAUUCAGCCCCUCAAGCCUGUUCUGCCAUUCUAUUAGAUCAUGGCUGAUCUGUACCUCAACUCCAAUUACCCGCCUUUGCCCCAUAUCCCUUGAAACCCUGAUCUAACAAAAAUCUACCCACCUCAGUCUUGAAAAUUUGAAUUGAUCCUGCAUCCACAGCCUUUGUG